AUGAAGCCUCUGUACCUGCGGAGCAGCGGGAGCUUCAAGCGGCUCCUCCUCCUCCUCCAUCGGCCACCACCGAUCGCCCGCCACCAAGCCACCCCCGCCGGCGGACGCCGACGAUGCCGACACCAAGGAAUCCCCGGAGGAGCCGGGUUCCCCGCGGCGCAGCAGCAGCAGGCCGGCGUGGCGCUGCUUCUCGUACGAGGAGGUCCACCGCACGACGGACGGCUUCCACGAGCGCAACUUGGUGGGCCGCGGCGGGUCCUCGGAGGUGUUCCGCGGCGAGCUCCCCGACGGGCGCGCCGUGGCCGUGAAGCGCCUGCUGGGCGCGUCGGCGUGCGAGCGCCGGGAGCGGGACUUUUUGGCGGAGCUGGGCACGGUGGGCCACGCGCGCCACCCCAACGUGUGCAGCCUCCUCGGGUGCUGCGUCGACCAAGACCUCUACCUCGUCUUCGACUUCUCACGCCGCGGCUCCGUCGCCGCCAACCUCCACGGUGCCUGGCGCCGGAGUACUACACGCACGGCAUCGUGGACGAGAAGACGGACGUGUUCGCGUUCGGCGUCUUCCUGCUGGAGCUCGUCACCGGGCGGAGGCCGGUGGACGGCAGCCACCGGAGCCUCCUCAGCUGGGCCCGGCCGCUGCUGAGCGACGGCAAGAUUGAGGCGCUGGUGGACCCGAGGCUCGGCGGCGACUACGACGGCGAGCAGGCGCGGCGGGUGGCGUUCGUGGCGUCGCUGUGCGUCCGGGCGCCGGCGACGUGGCGGGCGUCCAUGACCGAGGUGCUGGAGCUGCUGGAAGGCGGCGAGAUCCGUCAAGACCGGUGGGCGAUGCCUGAGGAGGCGGCCGGCGACGAGGAGCAGCCAUGGUGGUUCGACGACCUCGACGACGACGACAGUGAAGAGGACGAGGGCGAGGAGUUCAGCACCCCGUCCCCCUCUUCCUCCUCGUCAACCACGAGCAAUGAAAAGAGAUCCAUUCUUCAAAAAAAAUGUUAG